CAUGUCUAUUUAACUACUAGACCUGCAUGUUGAAGCUUACUCUGUAUCUGAAACCUUAGUAGCCUUCUUUUUCUCAUUCAGUCACUUCUCUUAGUUUCAUGGAUUCUGAUUUGAAGCCAACUGUUUCCGAAGCACAUCCGGAGGCAAUGGACUUUCUUUGGCUUGCAUGGUGCGACUCUGCAAUCCAGGAUUCCCAACCAGAGAUACAACACCGAUCCCUCGUUCUCCACAAUAACCCAAUCAAAGAAUUCAAGAAUGAUACCAAAUCUCCUUUUCCGAAGAUGAAAAAAAGCGUCAAGAUGGAUGAUGCAGAUCGAUCUAUACCCCAAUGGAAAUCAAAUGAUGUGAAGUCAUGGAUUUGGAUGCAGCAAGCAAUGCAUCCUGAAUUAAACUAUAACAGCUGUUUCAGAAAGAAAUGGCAGCUGUCGUGGAAGAUGGUGCCGUUUAGGCAUAUCUCAAUCAAGAAAUGGUUGAAAGCAAUCAAACAGAAAUGGAAUGAAGAUCAGACGUUGCAAAGAGCUGAAGCACAUGCAGCAAUAUCAGUGGCUGGUGUCGCGGCUGCCCUAGCAGCCAUAGCCGCUGAGAACGCUAAACAUGAGGAGUCAAGCACCACGAAGGAGUCCGCAGUGGCAUCUGCAGCUGCUUUGGUGGCUGCCCACUGUGCCCAAGUGGCGGAUGCAAUGGGGGCCAAGAACAAGCAACUUAGCACUGUAAUAAGUUCGCCCAUGAGUGGCACAAGUGCUGCUGGUGAUAUCUAGAUAUUAACGCUUGCAGCAUCAGCCUUAAAUAACAAUUAUAUCCCAUCAUAAUGGCAAUUAUAAUCAUAUUUUUACUAAUACAGACGCAUUUGCAGACCUCAAG